UGCUCUCAAACAACAAACCAACCUUUCACAAAGUUCGACAUCUUUCUGAAGGGAUACAAAUACACACAAUUCUCCGCCAAUUAAUCAAAAAAUGGCUGCCUCUAUGUUUAAGCUCUCAGUUUUCUUGAGCCUGCUCUCCAAUCUGAAUUUGGGUCUCUGGCCAGAAGCUCAGAAGAGCGUGGCAACAUUUCCACCAUCAUGUAACAGCAUAGAGUGCCCGAGCUAUGACUCCAUUGAGGUUGGCAACGGCUAUGAAGUUCGUCGUUACAAUUCGAGCGAGUGGAUAUCAACUGCUCCUAUUCAGGACAUUUCUUUGGUUGCAGCCACCAGAACUGGCUUCUUACAGCUAUUUGAUUACAUUCAAGGGAAGAACAAGUAUGGAGAGAAAAUAGAGAUGACUGCCCCAGUGCUUAGCGAAGUUCAACCAAGCGAUGGACCAUUCUGUGAGUCUUCAUUUGUGGUGAGCUUCUAUGUACCGAAGAAGAACCAAGCAAAACCACCACCAGCAGAAGGCCUCCAUGUUCAGAAAUGGACAUCUACAUAUGUGGCUGUGAGACAAUUCAGUGGGUUUGUUUCAGACUACGAUGUUGGAGUAGAAGCUGCUGCCUUGCAGUCCAGUCUUGCAGGCACUGUUUGGUCUGCUGCCAUUGAGAAAAGCCAUGGAGCGGAUCACACUACAAUUUAUACUGUUGCACAGUACAACUCUCCAUUUGAAUUUGAUCACAGGGUGAAUGAGAUCUGGAUUUCGUUUAAUUUAGAAGAGUAGCCGAAUCACCGUCUUUAAGAUUUGCAGAUCUCUUGUUAGAUAUAGAGAUGGUGAAGGUGGUGUUUCUUAAUGUGGCAAGUUCAAAUCUGCUAAUUUUCUGUGGUGAGAAAAGUUGUGUAACUACUGGUGUUAGACUUGUAGUUCACAAAGAAUAAAGAGGCAGCAUGUUUUUGCAGUAGAUAAUAUUAUGGAAUUAGAGUCAAGUCAAGUUGCCUGCAUUUGUAAUACUCGAUGAAGUUCAGAAGCAGCAUAUCAUGUUUCCUUGAAUCUUGAAA